UCCUAGUUCAAAUUUCACGCAGUUCUAGUUUCAAAUCUAGCAUUCUUUAUGAGUGACGUGCCAGCAAACAAACGCCUCAGGAUGACGUCUUCCGUAACUGCACCCCAUGGGACCGGCAUUGAACUAACAGUGUGCGGGCCGCCCCAGCUUGACUCGUUCGUAGUCUCUGAGUACCUGGGCGGAUACACACCGCAAAUCAAGAUCCGGCGUGCGCUGCAAAUGGGUCGACGGUGCCCGGAGCUGGCACUCGAGGCCUACCAGAUUGCAUACAACGAGCUUGUGCAGAAUACCCUGGAUGUGGAGACGGCCAAGAUUGUAGCAAAGUUCAUCCAGGACUUGGACAGCUCCUUUAUCAGAGACACUGCAUGGGAGGACGAUGCGCGGCGCACGAGCCACGACGAACAGGAAAACCUGCGUGUCCAGAUUGACGCAUGGGGCUUUUCGGACAAGGCAACCGCAUCGUACUUGAAGGCACGUGACUAUUGCACAUCGCUGCAGGACCAGGCAGAUAUGUCGGCAAAGGCAGCAUAUACCGGCGCAUCCAUUAUGCGCUGGGCACAGGUGUCGAACUACGCCAACAAGGCGCUGUCUACGAGCAAGACGCCCAACGAUGAGGCCAACGCUGAUAUGGGUGAGGGCAAGUGGAGCGAUGUUGCGCGGAACGUUGGUUUGCUGAAUUAUGAGUCAGCAAACACGUCGCAGGUUGUGACCCCCAUGGACAUUGCGCUCUACGGCACGCUGGCGGGCCUGGCGUCGUUGUCGCGCGAUGAAAUCAAGGACAUGCUUAUCAACAACACCCAGUUCCGCAAGUUCUUGGAGCACUUGCCGGUGUGCCUCGAACUACUGCAGCUAUUCUACCGGUCGCAGUACACCAGCGCGCUGGCCAAGCUCGACCAGACUAUGUCGCUGGCGCGCAUUGACAUGGUUCUGGCGCUGCAAGUUGACAAGCUUUUGUCAAAGAUCAGGGUGAAUAUUCUGGUGCUGUAUACCCAGCCAUUUGCGUCGACGCGUCUCGAGAGCAUGGCCAAGGCGCUGAGGUUUGGCACAGCGAGCGAGCUGGAGCGCGAGCUGGCGAGCUUGAUCUCAUCCGGCCGCAUCAAGGCGCGUAUUGAUUUGGUGAACGGCUUCUUGAUCAGCUACAAGGUUGAGCCGCGCGACUUGGCCCUGCAGAAGGUCGAGAAGAUGUACAAGACAUUCAGCGACCAGAGCGAGCUGCUGCUGGCCCGUGUCAUGUUCCUGGAAGAGGAAACCGCAAACACGCCCAAGUCUUCCAGGCGAUAAGCUGAAAGGGCCGUUGCUGAAUGGAUGGACUUUAUUGAACUCUUUCAUAUAUUGGGCACAUUUAUUGUAGGAAGAUAUCAUCCAAGUAGCAGGAUAGAAACCCGGCCUCAAGUCUUGGAGUAUCUUGAACCGGUUCUCAAUGUAUUGGUAUCAUGGUGAUAAUUAGAUGAUGGAAUGUUUGACAUUCCUUUGUUUA